UCAAAAAACCUAAAACAUUAAGCAAAACAAAACACCUUAUUGGUAUUAAAUAAUAUUUAAGCAAGAUAUAUUACAAUCGAAGGGUAUUUGUGUACUGUAGUUACAAUACAUUAAAAUGGAUUCAGCUGAUGAGGAAGAAUUAUUAUUUUUAAAUGCCAGUAUUGCCUUUAUACAGCAACGAAGGAAACCCAGAUUAUGGGUACGUAACUUCUUUAAAAAAAGGGAGACCCAUGGGGUUUGCAGUUCUUUAUACAAUGAUUUAGUUAUUCAUGAUGCAGUAGGCUUUAAAAAUACUUUACGAAUGUCACCAGAAGAUUUGGAAAUACUAUUGCAAAAAGUAUCUCCUAAAAUAACAAAACAUGACACAAAUUUUAGACAGGCUAUUUCACCAAAGGACCAGUUAUUAGUAACUUUACGUUAUCUGGCAACUGGGGACACAUACACAGCUUUAAUGUUAAUAAGCAGAAUCUCAAAAACUAAAAUAAGUGUUUUUGUACCUGAAGUGUGUAAAGCUAUUGUACAGGUGCUUGCUGACUAUGUUAAAAUGCCAACAACUGCAGAUGGAUGGGAAGAAGUUGCUCAAAAUUUUAAAAUAAAAUGGAAUUUACCUCACUGUAUUGGUCAUCUAGAUGGCAGGCAUAUAGAGAUGAUCAGGCCUAAGAAUGGAAAUGAUUAUAUUAAUUAUAGAAAAAAUUACAGCAUAGUUCUUUUAGGCCUAGUUGAUGCUAAUUACAAUUUCCUAUAUGUAGAUGUAGGAACGCCAGGUAAAAUUUCAGACAGUGAAGUAUUUAAUAAUAGUAAUUUAUGCAGAUCAUUACAAAAUUUGCCACAACCCAAACCAUUACCAGGAAGGACACAACCUUCCCCUUAUGUUAUUAUUGCAGAUGAUGCAUUUGCACUUAGUAAACAUUUAUUAAAACCUUAUUCAUACUAUCAGGUAAAUGGACAUGCAGAAAAGAUGUUCAACUACAGGUUAAAUAGGAGUAGAGUGGUUGUAGAAAAUGCUUUUGGCAUUCUUUCCGCACGAUUUAAAGUUCUCAGGCAAUCAAUUUUAGUUUCCCCCACAAAAGCAUCUACAAUAGUGUUAGCUUGUGUAUAUUUGCAUAACUUCUUAAGGAAAAGUGAGAGAUCAGUCUAUUUAUACACCCCACCCGGUUCACUGGAUGAAAUGAACCCAGUGAGUGGAGAAAUCUCACUAGGAACCUGGAGAGAUAAAAAUCAAGGCAUGAUUUUACUGCAAAUGGGACCAAGCUUGGAUUGUCCUGAAGGAGUAGCUGUGCGUGAAGAGUUUAAAGCUUUUUUUAUGACAUAGGGAGUGAUCAAUCAAAGCAUAAUUAAUGCAAAUACAUGAAAAUUGCAGUAAUCAGCUAUAAUCAUGUGUGUAAUGAAGCAAGAUAUGUUUGAUUGCACAAUUUGAAAAAUGGAUUUUUAUCAGUUAAUUUUAGCAGAUGAAGUUUAUGAAAACUGUUUUCUACACUGAGACUCUUAUGUAAUAGGAACUUUUCUCCUUUAAUGUAUUUCUUGUUAGUGGUUUGAUGAGUAGUUUAUCAAGAUGCCUUUGAUACAUUUUGUUGUUUGUUCUCAUCCUUUACAGUAAAUUGUUUAUGUUCA